AUGGCGGUCGACUCCAUGCCCCGAGAGGAGAUAAUCGGGGUUGUGAUUGGGGCCGUUGCGCUGUUUUCCCUGAUCAGCAUGAUUCCUGUGCGGAUUGUUCUCGAAGUUCUGGGUUUUGACGUGCCGAUCACUGAUUUGUAUUCUCUAUUCAGGAUGAUCAUGUGGCAUCAUCGACGACGUGAAGCCAUGCAGGCAAUGGCCGAAACUCGGGUACUUCCACCUGUUUAUCAGGUACAGUUGCAGGAUGUGCUCGGCCAACCUGUGUCCGUGGACCGAUGGUUGGAAGAACAAAAUGUGCCCGCCAAUGCCCAGCAAUAUGGCCAAGAUACUUGCCCCAUCUGUCUCUCAGCACUGUCGUCAUCCCCAUAUCUCGCCUGUCCCGACUCAGCCGUUCUAGCUCACGACCAACACAAUCACGACCCGACUACACGGACGGCCCUCCGCUGCACCUGCGGGGCACAACAUUCCCCACCCGGUAGCGAGGUCCUCGUACUGAAUCGCUGCAAACAUGCCUUUCAUCUAGAUUGUCUGAAAUCUUGGUUUGAAUAUCGUCGGUACAAGUGUCCGAUCUGCCAAGCUUCGUAUUCGCCAGAGGAAGAGGCACGAGGAUAA